AGCCGUCGCCGGCGAGUGAUCACAUGACGCCCCUGCCUGCUCCCCGCCGCUUCGGUCAUGUGACAACCUUCGGCGUCAGGGGGCGGAAGCGGUACUCGGACCCGCUCCCGGUCGGGGACUGUGGAUAGAAGAGGACCGUCACCGUGAGGGAGGUGUGGGACCCAGGUGCAGACUCCGCGCGCGACCGCCUGCCCUGCGCCUGCGCCGCUGGCGCGGCCCUGCUGACAGGUUCUUUAAUGGAGCAGCCAAUCUCUCUGCACACCUGGUUCCAUCUAAUAAUCUACAGACACCAGCUCUGAGGCCAGUUAAUCAUACCCAGUGUCCAGGCACGGAGUAGUCAGUCCUGCUCACAAUGGUGGACUUUCUAGCUGAGAACAAUCUCUGUGGCCAAGCAAUCCUAAGGAUUGUGUCCUGUGGUAAUGCCAUCAUUGCUGAACUUUUAAGGCUCUCUGAGUUUAUUCCUGCUGUGUUCAGGUUAAAAGACAGAGCUGAUCAACAGAAAUAUGGAGAUAUCAUAUUUGAUUUCAGCUAUUUUAAGGGUCCAGAAUUAUGGGAAAGCAAACUGGACGCUAAACCAGAGCUACAGGAUUUAGAUGAAGAAUUUCGUGAAAACAACAUAGAAAUCGUGACCAGAUUUUAUUUAGCAUUUCAAAGUGUGCAUAAAUAUAUUGUAGACUUAAACAGAUAUCUAGAUGAUCUCAAUGAAGGGGUUUAUAUUCAGCAAACCUUAGAAACCGUGCUUCUCAAUGAGGAUGGAAAACAACUUCUGUGUGAAGCACUGUACUUAUAUGGAGUUAUGCUGCUGGUCAUUGACCAAAAGAUUGAAGGAGAAGUCAGAGAGAGGAUGCUGGUUUCUUACUACCGAUACAGUGCUGCGCGAUCUUCUGCUGAUUCAAAUAUGGAUGAUAUUUGUAAGCUGCUUCGAAGUACAGGUUAUUCUGGCCAACCAGGUGCCAAAAGACCACCCAACUAUCCCGAGAGCUAUUUCCAGAGAGUGCCUAUCAACGAAUCCUUCAUCAGUAUGGUCAUUGGUCGACUGAGAUCUGAUGAUAUUUACAACCAGGUCUCAGCGUAUCCUUUGCCGGAGCAUCGCAGCACAGCCCUGGCAAACCAAGCUGCCAUGCUGUAUGUGAUUCUCUACUUUGACCCUUCCAUUCUUCACACCCAUCCAGCAAAAAUGAGAGAGAUCGUGGAUAAAUAUUUUCCAGAUAAUUGGGUAAUUAGUAUUUACAUGGGGAUCACAGUUAAUCUAGCAGAUGCUUGGGAACCUUAUAAAGCUGCAAAAACUGCUUUAAACAAUACCUUGGACCUUUCAAAUGUCAGAGAACAGGCAAGCAGAUAUGCUACUGUCAGUGAAAGAGUGCAUGCUCAAGUGCAGCAAUUUCUAAAGGAAGGUUAUUUAAGGGAGGAGAUGGUUCUGGACAAUAUCCCAAGGCUUCUGAACUGCCUAAGAGACUGUAAUGUUGCCAUCCGAUGGCUGAUGCUUCAUACAGCAGACUCAGCCUGCGACCCAAACAACAAACGCCUUCGGCAAAUCAAGGACCAGAUUCUAACAGACUCUCGGUACAAUCCCAGGAUCCUCUUCCAGUUGCUAUUGGAUACUGCACAAUUUGAGUUUAUACUCAAAGAGAUGUUCAAGCAAAUGCUUUCAGAAAAGCAAACUAAAUGGGAACAUUACAAGAAAGAGGGUUCAGAGCGGAUGACUGAGCUUGCUGAUGUCUUUUCAGGAGUGAAACCCCUAACGAGAGUGGAGAAAAAUGAAAAUCUUCAAGCUUGGUUCAGAGAGAUCUCAAAACAAAUAUUGUCUUUGAAUUAUGAUGAUUCUACUGCUGCAGGCAGAAAAACUGUGCAACUGAUACAAGCUUUGGAGGAGGUUCAAGAAUUCCACCAGUUGGAAUCAAAUCUGCAAGUAUGUCAGUUUCUUGCCGAUACUCGAAAGUUUCUUCAUCAAAUGAUCAGAACUAUUAACAUUAAAGAGGAGGUUCUGAUCACAAUGCAGAUCGUUGGGGAUCUUUCUUUUGCUUGGCAGUUGAUUGACAGUUUCACAUCCAUCAUGCAAGAAAGCAUAAGGGUAAAUCCAUCCAUGGUUACUAAACUCAGAGCUACCUUCCUAAAGCUUGCCUCUGCCCUGGAUCUGCCCCUUCUUCGUAUUAAUCAGGCAAAUAGCCCUGAUCUGCUCAGCGUGUCGCAGUACUAUUCUGGAGAGUUGGUAUCCUAUGUGAGAAAAGUUUUGCAGAUCAUCCCAGAAAGCAUGUUUACGUCUCUUCUAAAGAUCAUAAAGCUUCAAACCCAUGAUAUUAUUGAAGUGCCUACCCGCCUGGACAAAGACAAGCUGAGGGACUACGCCCAGCUGGGUCCACGAUACGAGGUUGCCAAGCUUACUCAUGCUAUUUCCAUUUUUACUGAAGGCAUCUUAAUGAUGAAAACGACUUUGGUUGGCAUCAUCAAGGUGGAUCCAAAGCAGUUGCUGGAAGAUGGAAUAAGGAAGGAGCUUGUGAAGCGUGUUGCCUUUGCCCUGCAUAGGGGACUGAUAUUCAACCCUCGAGCCAAGCCAAGUGAACUGAUGCCCAAGCUGAAAGAGUUGGGAGCCACUAUGAAUGGAUUCCAUCGUUCUUUUGAAUACAUACAGGACUAUGUCAACAUUUAUGGGCUGAAGAUUUGGCAGGAAGAAGUGUCUCGUAUUAUAAAUUACAAUGUGGAGCAAGAGUGUAACAACUUCCUAAGAACAAAGAUUCAAGAUUGGCAAAGCAUGUACCAGUCCACUCAUAUUCCAAUACCCAAGUUUACCCCUGUGGAUGAGUCUGUAACGUUUAUUGGUAGACUCUGCAGAGAAAUCCUGCGGAUCACAGACCCUAAAAUAACAUGUCACAUAGACCAGCUGAACACUUGGUAUGAUAUGAAAACUCAUCAGGAAGUGACCAGCAGCCGCCUCUUCUCAGAAAUCCAGACCACCUUGGGGACCUUUGGUCUGAAUGGCUUAGACAGGCUUCUGUGCUUUAUGAUUGUAAAAGAGUUACAGAAUUUCCUCAGUAUGUUCCAGAAAAUUAUCCUGAGAGACAGAACUGUUCAGGACACUUUAAAAACCCUCAUGAAUGCUGUCAGCCCCCUAAAAAGUAUUGUAGCAAAUUCAAAUAAAAUUUAUUUUUCCGCUAUUGCCAAAACACAGAAGAUUUGGACUGCAUACCUUGAAGCUAUAAUGAAGGUUGGGCAGAUGCAGAUUCUGAGACAGCAGAUUGCCAAUGAAUUAAAUUAUUCUUGUCGGUUUGACUCUAAACAUCUGGCAGCUGCUCUGGAGAAUCUCAAUAAGGCUCUCCUAGCAGACAUUGAAGCCCACUAUCAGGACCCUUCACUUCCUUAUCCCAAAGAAGACAACACACUUUUAUAUGAAAUCACAGCUUAUCUGGAAGCAGCUGGCAUUCACAACCCACUGAAUAAGAUAUACAUAACAACAAAGCGCUUACCCUAUUUUCCAAUUGUCAACUUCCUAUUUUUGAUCGCUCAGUUGCCAAAACUUCAGUACACCAAAAAUUUAGGGAUGGUCUGCCGAAAACCAACCGACCCGGUCGACUGGCCGCCGCUUGUUCUGGGACUGCUCACUCUGCUGAAGCAGUUCCAUUCCCGGUACACCGAGCAGUUCCUGGCACUGAUCGGUCAGUUCAUCUGCUCCACGGUGGAGCAGUGUACGAGCCAGAAGCUACCUGAAAUACCUGCAGAUGUUGUGGGUGCGCUUCUGUUCCUGGAGGAUUAUGUUCGGUACACAAAGCUACCCAGGAGGGUUGCUGAAGCACACGUGCCUAACUUCAUUUUUGAUGAGUUCAGAACAGUGCUGUAACUUUUUUCUACUUCUUCAAUGGAAGGAUUGUCCUUAGAUCUUCCCACCAUCACUAAGACAAAUUUGAAAAUGAAAAGAAACUCCGUUGCUCAUAUAACUGCGUUUUUUGCCCUCCAUUAUCAGAAACGUCAGACAUUCUAAGAUAUAUCUCAUGGCAUUAGUCAAUACAACUGAUAUUGUUUAAAUCAUGAUAUUACAUGCAAUUUCUAUCAUGUAGAAGCAGAACAUUUUGUACUGCUGCUCAUAAAUGCUGACUGUAACUGUUAUGUAUAAAUCCAUGUAGUUUUAUGUUCUAAAGAACUAUUUGUGCAACUCCAGAUUUUCAGUAAAAUCGUAUUACCAGUA